GCUCCCUCCCAGCCCAGAGAAAGGACAUGAAGAACAAGGUCCCUGUUUCAUCCUGCUCCUGUCGCUGCAGUGUGGACUCUACUGUCCCUGCACCCCUUGCUGGCGCAGACUGGGCUCUCGCUCCUCACCCACCGUGGGGCAACGCUGGGGAGCCUGGAGAUUACCCCAGGCAAAUCCAGCAGCCUCGGCGGGAGCCACCGUCUGUCCCAGAGCGCAGCGGGUGAAGGAGGGAAGAUCCCAAAAGAAACAAGCGGGGAGCCUGGCGCCGGUUGUGAGAGCAGCCCUGGUGGAGGGGACCUCUGGGUCUCUGCUCUGCUUUGCAUGAUACUGAGCACAGCGAGCAGGUAGGGGCACCUGGACGGGUCCUUCCAUCUCCAGAUGAUGGUUGUCAAUAUCGCUGCUGAAUUCCGCUGGGCGCUCUGGUCUGGGACCUGCAGGAUCUCCCACCUCUUUCCGAGUCGCUGUUAACUCCGCUGUGCUCCCCUGACGAUCCCAACUGACAGGUAGAAAGAGUGAAGCAGCUUUUCCUGAGUCCAUGAGAGCUUCCCGUGGCAAGCCAAAGCAAGGAGCUCAACCUCAGGGACUUUUGAGAAUUAAUUGAAGUUCCUCCCACUUUUUAAACCUGACUGAAUCGCCAAAAUGCCUGAUCCAGUUCUGGGACUGUGGAACUACAUCCCAGAAGAAAUCCUCAUCCAGAUUUUCUAUUAUCUGCCUCUUCGAGAUAGAUACAUGGUCUUCCAGGUGUGCAGACGAUGGGCUGCAGCUGUUUCUUCUAGCUCUGUUUGGCAUUUCACAGAGAUCAGCUGUGAUUCAGAGGAUGAGGAGGGCAUGCUGCAGAGCCUGCUCCAGUUCCUCAGCCAAAUCAAACACCUGAAGAUUGUGCUUGACCAGUCCAAGGAGGUCAACCGGAAGAACGCGACACGCGUCUUGGAUGCGCUGGCAAAAGAGAACCACAAACUGCAGCAGCUGUGCAUAGUGUGCCACGGGGAGAACCCCUAUUUCUACUCUGGCCAGGACAUCCUACAGGGCAUCCGGAAUAUCUGUGCCACUAAAAACCAGAUGUAUCUUCAGCAUAUUGAUUUUCGACGAAUGCCCUUCACUCUCGAUGACAAGCUGGUUGAACUCUUGGCUACCGCCAACCCAAACUUGCACAGUUUGUUCAUCAACAACCGCACCUUGGUGUGCAACGUGGCACCGGCCACCAUUAGGAAAGUUUUCAGAGCGUGUCCCAAACUCUCGGCCCUGGGGGUUUACUACGCCAGUUUGUCUGACGACGUGUUUCAGGAACUGCUCGAGCCCGAAAGAGCAGCUUUCACCCACUUAGACAUUUUCUGUGAGCGCCUGGACAAGUACAUACCCGUUAUCUCAGAAGAGCUCUGGGCUGCUGUGAGUCAAAAGCAUCCUCGACUCCGUGUAGACCUAGAGUUUGAUCAUACGGUCCCUGCCUGCAAAAUCCCGCUGAUCCUAAAGCUGAAUAUACCUGUGAGCACCCUGCAACUCAAUACCUAUAAUUACAUGGUAAAUCAGAUUAGGUUCAUCACCCAGAGCUACAGCGGUACUUUAAAGAAGCUGAUGCUGCAAACCACAUCCUCAGAGGACUUAAAUUCCUCGCUCGUCGAUCUGGCCAAGCAGUGCAGAAAUCUGUUGGAGAUCCACUGCUACUGUGUGGUCAGCCAGGAGGUGGUAGAAGCGUUCCUCACCCACUGCCCCAGCCUGAAACUAUACACUCUGAAGGUCACCAAGGAACGGCACCCCUGGAAACCAGUAACACUUCGGUGACCAGCUCCUGCUGACUUCCUGGGAGAAUCGUGGGGAUCUGCAAGAGGACAGAGAAAGAAGAUUUGGGGCUAUAAAAGGGCAGUCCUGCCAAGUGUCCUCUGCGCUUAUUGAGAACGAGCUGUUCCACCAGCACUGGCUGUUAGAUACGAUGCAUGCCUCUUCUCUCAAAUGUGAUAGAGAAAGGAUUACACAGAGAAACAGAAUAUUUUUCUUUAUGGGGGGAACGUAGUGCAGGUCUUUUUCUCUCCUCUGCUGAGUUUACCCUCCUCCGGUAUCUCCUCCUCCUCCUGGCAGGAGCCUGCGGGGCCACCCCAGGGCUGGCUCUGGGACAGUCUGGGGGCUCUCCCCGAGGGAAGUGGCCUCGCAGGAGGCUGCUGAGGGCCGGGGUGAGGGUCCUGGGGGCUUUCCUUGUUAGCAAAGGCAGGCCACAUGCUAACUUAAGUGAGUUAAUUACUGAGCUUCUUAUUGUGGGCACCGAGCUGAGGGUGAUAAGGAUGGGACAACAAGAAGUAGUUAAUCACUUCAAGGUUCUCUCAGAUGCCAAAGUAUAUAUAUAGAUAGAUAUAACAAAAGUCCUAUAUCAAUUAGGGCAGAGCCGUGGCUACUUCAAGGAACAUCUUCGUCAUCCUCAAGAAGCUGGGAAACUUACAGUGAACUUUUACUGUCCUGAGAUGACUCAAUGCCUUAAAAAGGAUAACGCGAGGAAGGGUAUCCCUUACCCAAAAGACCCCGGAGGAGCUCACGCCUGCGCAGGAGCGCUUUGCAGAUGCUGCAGAAUUUAAUAUUCAUGUGCCAAAAAGGGGCUGUUGGAUCAUCCUGAUCCAUGCAUCAGCCCAGGUGGAGUUACGGAUUAGGUAGGCAGAAUAAUGAGAAUUUUUUGUGUCUGAAUAACGGGUGUGCUAGACUUGUGGAUUUCCACCUGGCACCCCGCGUUGAAUAAAGCAACAUCUCCUCUCUAAACUG